GCUUUGCGCAAUUCCUCCACCCGUCGCAUCGCCGAUGCGCUCGAGCAGCUUCUGCCGCGGGUUGUCGAGCUGCCGUUUGAUCUGAAGCUGCUGAAUGGCGCGGUGUUUGUGCCCAGUGCCGAGUCUGGAGAUCUGCACUCUGGAGUUUUGCAGCUGCCGGCGGGCACUGAGAUCAUCUGCGACGAGACUUGUCUCGACGAAGGUACAUUGGGCGAGCGCGGCGUCAAGAAUCUACAUGCACUGCAGACAGUGAUCAUAGGACCAGUCUGUCAGCUUCCAGUACCCGUACCAGCCGGUGCCGAUGGACACCAAUGUUCGAGUUCUGGUGCUGUCUGCGGGCAAAUCUAUCCUGCACAAUGACUGUGACGUGUAUUUGAGCUCUGAGUUAUGCUCUCUGCUGGCCAAGACACAGGACGAGCCCCCUGUGGUGCUUGAUCCGCUGCACCGGGACCAGAUCCGGCAGUAUCUGGCGAAUGCUCGCAAUCUGGAAUUCCGUGUCCCGCAGGCCGUUUCUGAAAAGAUCUCGGAAGAAUAUGCGGAGUCGCGCAAGCAGGCGCACGCUACUGGCGCAAAGAUGAUGACGCAGACCGAGCUGUCUGGCGUCAUCACCGUGGCCCGCCUGGUGAGCAUCGCCAAGGGCGAGGCGGAGCUGACAAUGGAGUCGUGGAGCGAGGCCAAUGAGCUGGAGCAGGCGCGCGUGGCCCGCAACAGCCAGGCGAAAGCCUGCAAGCAAGGAGCCGGCGCGGUAACUGUCAAACUGUUGUUGAAUAAAUUCCGCAAUCCACCUUGCGAGAUCCCAAUUCCGAGUUUUUCCUAGGCUCUGUCGAUCGUGACCGACAUCUGAGGACUGGAACCGUCAUUUUUCUCCUUUUAGAAGGUGCUUCGUGGGCUCUGUAAUCACCGGUCAGCCGGGCAGGCGGCAGUCAGACAGGCGAGUCUGCAGCAGCCGCUAUGCCUGGAGCAUGCCGCUGAACCUGGUGUGCAAGGGCGCGGCUGGU